AUCUUUUGAAUGAUGAAAUCAAACAAAAAUCACUAAUGCUACAAAAAUCUGAUAAAAUGCUUGAAGAGGAGGUAACAAAAAAUACAAAACUACAAGAGGAGUCAGAAGAGAAAUCAAAAAUGUUAGCAAGAAGUGAGGAAAGAGAGGAAGAACUAAAUAGACAACUUUAUUUAAAAAGAAACCCCUUGCCUGCUUUACCUAAAAAACAAAAUACUUUCCAAGAAUUAGGUUCAAGAAUUAAGACCAAAUUCCAAAAACUUCAACACUUGAUGGAGAAUUUACCGCUUGAAUAG